CUUGCACAUGCCCCUUAGGCUGCUGCCCCACAAUGGCCAGUCUGCUCCAGGCUGCUGCAAAUCCCCGGGGGCUGUUCCCCUGGAGGGGCUACUGCUCCAGGGGGACGCAGGGCGAGCUCAGCAAAGGCUUUGUGGAGGCUCUGAGGGCAGUUGUGGGGAGCCCUCAUGUGUCCACUACUGCUGCUGACCGAGAGCAGCACGGGCACGAUGAGUCCAUGCACAGGUGCCGACCUCCAGGCGCUGUGGUGUGGCCCCAGAAUGUGGAACAGGUCAGCCGGCUGGCCGCCCUGUGCUACAGCCAAGGAGUGCCCAUCGUCCCAUUUGGCACGGGCACGGGGCUUGAGGGUGGAGUCUGUGCCAUGCAGGGCGGUGUCUGCAUCAACCUGACACACAUGGACCGAAUCCUGAGGGUGAACCCACAGGACUUCUCUGUGGUGGUGGAGCCCGGCGUCACCCGCAAAACUCUCAACACCUACCUGCGGGACAGUGGCCUCUGGUUUCCCGUGGACCCCGGCGCGGACGCCUCCCUCGGGGGCAUGGUGGCCACCGCGGCCUCCGGCACCAACGCUGUGCGGUACGGCACGAUGCGGGACAACGUGCUGAACCUGGAGGUGGUGCUGCCUGGCGGCCGGCUGCUUCACACCGCGGGCCUGGGCCGGCACUUCCGGAAGAGCGCAGCUGGCUACAACCUCACAGGGCUCUUCGUGGGCUCUGAGGGGACACUGGGACUCAUCACGGCCGCCACCCUGCGCCUGCACCCCGCCCCUGAGGCCAUGGUGGCCGCCACCUGCGCAUUUCCCAGUGUCCAGGCGGCUGUGGAUGCCACGGUUCACAUCCUCCAGGCUGCAGUGCCCGUGGCCCGCAUUGAGUUUCUGGAUGAAGUCAUGAUGGACGCCUGCAACAGGCACAGCCAGCUGAACUCCUCCGUGGCGCCCACACUCUUCCUCGAGUUCCAUGGGUCUGAGCGGGCACUGGCCGAGCAGAUAGAGCGGGCAGAGGAGAUCACCCAGCACAACGGAGCCUCCCACUUCUCCUGGGCCAAGGGUGCCCAGGAGCGCAGCCGGCUCUGGGCGGCGAGGCACAACGCCUGGUACGCCGCUCUGGCCCUGCGGCCGGGCUGCAAGGGCUAUUCCACCGACGUGUGUGUGCCCAUCUCCCGGCUGCCGGAGAUCCUGGUACAGACCAAGGAGGACCUGAAGGCGUCAGGACUCACAGGAUGCAUUGUUGGACAUGUGGGCGAUGGCAAUUUCCAUUGCAUCCUGCUGGUGGACCCAGAGGACACUGAGGAGCUCCGCAGGGUCAGGGACUUUGGAAAACAGCUGGGCAGGCGGGCACUGGCACUCCACGGGACGUGUACUGGGGAACAUGGCAUUGGGCUGGGCAAGCGGCAGCUGCUACAGGAAGAGGUGGGCGUCGUGGGCAUGGAGAUCAUGCGGCAGCUGAAGGCCAUGCUGGAUCCCCAAGGCCUCAUGAACCCAGGCAAGGUGCUGUGAGGGGCUCCAAGUGCUUGGCCCACAAGC